AGUUGCUUAGCUGGCCUGCGCAGCUUGCUGAGACUGUGAGACACCGUGUCACGCUUGGCGUUCCAGUUUAAGUUACACCGCGGCACGGUCUCUCUCUCUCUCUCUCUCCUCCUGCUUCUCCCGUUUUUAGGGUUCAACAGGAAACCAGUACCUGUUUGGAACCCUCCAAUUCAACAUAAUCGAUCUCCAGACUAGCUUCCACAGGUAGAAAAUCCAAGUUCCAAUUCAGUCGGGCGUCGCCUCUAGUGAUUUGUUUACGCUUUCGCUUCGGUGUGGCUUUCUUUUACAAGUUAUACGUGAUUGUGGUUCUCCAGUUGUGUUCUCCAGUGCCUAGGUGAAGUUCUCCUAUUGAAGAAUACUGCUUGAAGAAGUAGGUGGAGUUGUACGAGUGCACGUGGUUCAUGUUUUGGAACGGUGCGAUUGGAUAGUGUCUCUUCAGGGAUUUAAAAUUCAAAUCCAGAAUUGAUAAGAACUUUCAAUAAGGAAGGAUUCUAACCAAUUUUAAUAUCAGAAGUUCAAAGGAAGACACUGAUUUUUGUUGUUGUUGCAAUUUUGAAACAAACUGGGAGACACAAGAGGAAAGCACAAAAGAGUAAGAAUGGCAGAAGACGGUCUUCAAAGUACACACUCAUCAAAAGAUUCUGAUUCCAUAGGAACUUUUUCAAUUUUGACCAAAGUGGUGGAAGUGGUUCUUUCCAUUUUUGCAAUCGGAUUAAUAGUUGAUCCAUUCAACUCUUUCAAUCGAACCCAUUUAGAUAGAAGGGCGCCAAAAUUAGAUGAUGUAGUCUUCAUUUAUAUCACACUUGGUUCAUACCUCAUAAUUAAUACAGUUUUUAUCAUCAGCCAUGCGGUUUUGGGAGAUCAAAUUCCAAAAAGAUUGUCAGUGAUAUUUUCAACUGUGGGUGCCCUUUUCCACAUAAUCGCCGCAAGUUUAAUGGUUCAUAAUUGGCGAAAGCUUCAAGGAUCAGGCGGCAUACAAUACAACAACGAAGUCUACGGCAGCAAACAAUAUUUGGACAUGUUAAUAUCCGGCGCAGUUUUCACUUUUUUGACAUUUGCUACUUUCGUCGUUGAUAUCGUCUUAACCUUCCGAUACUAGUAAGCAAUCUAAUAAUGAAGACUGCAGAGAAUUUUUUUCUCCACUUUAUUUAGCACCUGGAUGCAAUAAGGACUUAUCAACAACCACUUUGAUUUCAAAUUAUAAUUAAAGCAUCUGUAAUUCUGUAUGCUUAAACUAAGCUACUAUGAAUAAUUAAUUUUCCAUUUUUAUCGCCUAACUUUAAAAGUUUGAUAGUUCAAUCGCUAAGGAAUAAUCACUUUAAAGGAGAUUUAUUAUUUUGUAUAAUACAGAGUAUAAUAUUAUUUAUCUACAGUUCUACAUGCAAAGUGACACAAACUUAAGAGCUUCUCAUCCUUAUUGCAUUCAAAAUUCUGACAAGAAUCUCGAUGCCUUGUAUAAUAUAAGAAACUAUUGUAUCGUCACCAGGACUUUUUUUUAUUAACGUUAGCAACACACGAAGAAUACCACGAGUAUAUCGCCUUUGAAGUACAAAAGACAACAGUUGCAAUUGUACAUACAAUAUCGAUCUUAGAUCGUGAAAUUAUUUUCUGUAAAUUACAAAUAUCAUAAUCUUCACGACCAUUGUGGCGCCAUUUUUGCUCUCGCAUAGUGCAAACAAUGUGGUGUUAAAAAGACACCUCGACGUACAAUGCUGUAAUCCAAAGUUCUUAAGCUUCUAGACUUCACUUUAAUGCCACUUCGUAUCCAUAAGUUCCAGACACUGCGUUCUAUAUUUACACUAUUUUUGUAAGAUUUUUUAUCUAUUUUACAAAAGAGGUAUUUUGUCUUUACUUCAGAAUCGAAAUCCGUCCAAUUGAGAUUAGAGUACGACAGUCAACUGUCCAUAGUUGUCUCGCUAAUUUUUAAGCAAUUGUGCAUAAUUAAUUUAGCCGUUAUGAGUACUGAAUAUUGACUUGUAAGUACUGUCUAUGCAGAAUUUAUAUUUCAGAAUUUUAGAUGUAUCGACUUUUAAGAGGUCUAUAUAAACAAAUUGUAUCUUUGUAUUAAACCAAUUUUAUGA